CGUGUGAACACAUUGACCAAAUAAAAUAUGUUAGCAUCUUAUUAACGUUUGUUUCAUAUUAAUGAAUGCCCGAUUUUCUUGCCAUUUUGCUUUUGACCCAGUUCAAGACUCAGGUCAUUCUGUCUGUAAGUACGCGGGAUUGACUGCAACCAUGGAGAAUAAGUUUGUAUCGUGGUCGGCUUUCUUCCAAGUCUGAAUCUCUGCGUGUGGGACACUCUUACAACUCUUUUCCUUGUUACUCUCUCUACAUGGGAAGGAAACUUCCACUACAUUCCCAAGCUUCUUGAUUUCUUUACUUGAUAAAGUGGAGCCAGAGAAUUACAUUUCAUUGCAGAAGUUGAAACUAAAUUGAUUUGUAAAGAUGGAGGGCAGAUUGCAUGGAGAAUUUGAUCUUCCAGGGUUCAGAUUCCAUCCCACAGAAGAGGAGUUGGUGGGCUUCUAUCUCAGGAAAAGGAUUCAAGGUCAAUCGUUCAGCUUUGAUAUAAUUGGAACGUUGGAUUUGUAUCGUUAUGAUCCAUGGGAACUCCCAGAUCUUUCGUUUGUUGGAGAAGGAGAAUGGUUCUUCUUUGUUCCCGUUGAUAAAAAAUGCGCUCAAUCCAGAAGAAGCAGACUUACACGGUCUGGUUAUUGGAAGGCUACUGGAACAGACAAACCAGUUCGAGAUACUGAGUUUCAAUGUAUUGGGCUUAAAAAGACUUUGGUGUUCUACAGAGGGAAAGCCCCAACCGGAGAGAAAACAGACUGGAUCAUGAAUGAGUACAGAAUGCCAGAUUUUCGCCGUGCAAAAAAGAAGGAUCUAGUGUUGUGCCGCAUAUACAGAAAAGCCACUCCUCAGAAAACAUUGGAUCAGCGAGCCAUGUCAGGGGGAGGAGAAAACCCCAUAAAAUUUUCAGCUGCUUCAAAUUCCUUUGAUUAUCGCCAUGAUUUUAACCUGAUGAAUCAUGAAACUGGGCCCAUGGGUGGGGGAUUGCCAUAUUUGAAUAAGACUGAUGGUGAAGACCUAAUGGAGUACAUGAGUCCAUUCAAAGACGAUAAAGUGAAGUUACCAGAAUUGCAGGUACCUAUGGUGUGUGUGGAUAAGUUGUUUAGCCAGUCCAAUAUGAGCCCAUGGAUAGACAACACAUCAUGGACACCUUCCAUCCUGCUGUGCACUCCCAAGGGAGAAUGGAAUAACAACUGAGGUUGGGUUGCCACAACUGUUUCUGCAUUUUCUUUUCUCUAGAACCUACCAUGCAAAUGGAAAUGAGUCCUUGGUUUUCUAUAGAUUUUCUAUUUUAUAUACCUAUGGUUGAGGAAGUGAGGUCUAUAACUGAGCACCUUGUGUUGCUAAGUUUUCCAGAUCUAGUUGAAGCUACAUUCGCCAAAUAAAAUUUCCAACCUAAAAAGUAUGUAAAUGUCACUGGUUCUAAUUUUAGUUUUGUGUCUUCAUUAAAGUACCUUACCCAGCACCUUGGGCUGAUGCUUAUAUCAGUACUCUUCUAUAUAUAUAUGAUUUGAUAUUUUUCUCAUUCCAAAUGAUAAAAAGGUUAUAAAUUGUAUUA